GGCGGCGGGAGGAGGAGGAGGAGGAGGAGGAGGCGGCGGCGGCGGCGGCCAUGGUGCUGUCGGCGGUGCAGCAGGUGGUGGUGUCGGUGGUGCUGGUGCUUUGUGUUUUCGUCGUCAUGCCCAGGAUGUUCGGGGGAGGAGGAGGAGGAGGCGGGAGGGCCGGCCGGUCUCCGCGGGGCGGCAAGGCCGGCCCCGGCCAUUACGAUCCCCGUCAGCACCGCAGAGGUAGUCCUCAGACAGUUCAUCAAGUUCACCUGAAUCCAGGAAAUUCUGACAGUAAUACUUAUCAGAGUAUUCAGCAGAUGAGAAAUGCAAUGGAAAAAGAGAUAAAGAGUGAGAGAACAAGAGGAAAUGGUAGAGAAUUAGCAUUCACCCUCAUGCCAUUGUAUGCUCUUGGAGUGGGAGUGUUUGCAGCAUACAAAUUUCUUAAGAUGAAGUCACAUGAAGAAAGUCUCUCCAAAAAGGAAAAAAGUACAGAAGACAAGGCAAAGGAAACGGAGCAUCAGCUUUUAGAACUGGAGCAGCAUCUAGCACAGACAGAGAAAAUGUUAAAUUCUUUAUUGACUCAGUUGGAUCCACUGUCAAACUGUGUUAAUGCUUUAGCUUGUGAGCAGAAAGAUGAAAUAAUGACACAGCUCCAAUCAAUUAGACGGCUGAUGAAAGAAAGUGGAUUGGAUAAAUCAGAAAACAAGAUGAAAGAUGUCAGCCACAUUUGUAAUGAGAAACUUGAAGAUCUUAUUCAGUCAUUUGCUGAACAUUCUCAAGAGAAAGAAAUGGAUGACAGAGAAGAUGACAGUAAUGAAGAUUUGCUUGAGGAUGUUGAUAAUGAUUACAAAAUAGAAGAGCAUGAAUUAUGUGAUGAAUGUGAAGUACAUCAGUUUGAGCCAGAUGUGGUAGAAGACCAAGAAAUGAUACACAAAGAUGCCAUUGAAUCAGAAGAGAUAGGAUUGAGGAGACGUAAUAGAUACUAAUGAAAUCUGUAUAUGUAAAACUUCCAAAAGCUUAUGAAUUAUUUUUUUUUAUACUGUUGUAUGCACUUUAAACUGUUUCAAAUGAAGUUAUGUGCACUGCUAUAUGCUUUAAAAAGGGGUGAAAUUCUGCCUGUGCUCGUAUCUAUGACGGUUCUGUAACUGACUUCAGUGGCAGCAGAAUUUCACUCAGGAUGUUUACAUAUUUUUUUCUAUUUAUUUUUUUUCCUAUAAAAAUAUUUCUGUACUCUGUAUAUAAUGCACUGUAAUUAUAUCUGAUGCUUCACUAAAAUAUUAGAGUAUCUUGUAAUUAAGACUAUAAAGAAUAGAUGUUUCAUAAAUGUUUUGUAACUAGUAAGCGUGGUGCCACUUGAACUGUGACUUACUUGAGUUCAUUAAAGAGCAUGCACUGAUGAA